CCGUAUUUACCAUGCAGGCCGUGAACCUCCGCGCGACAAUCCAGUACAAGCCGCCGGCCAACACGACGGUCCAGGAGGCGCUCGACACGUUCCGGUCGCCGCAGUGGGUCGGCUACAUGCUGCGCCACAUCGUGCCCUUCCUUAAAGCCUCGAGCGGCGCCAAGCUCCACGUGCUCGCCGACCUGCCCAAGCUCGCGCGCUGCGACAGCGACUGCGUCAUCUGCAUGGGCGCCAUGGACGACGGCGCGAUCGAGCUGCCGUGCGGCCACCACUUCCACACCAACUGCAUUGACGCGUGGCUGCGCCUCCGCAACACGUGCCCGACGUGCCGGUACCAGUUUGAGAAGCAAGUCUCGGGCACGUACGCGAUCCGCAGCAUCAACACAGCGCUCUGCCUCGACGGCGUGCGCUCGGCCGACGUCGACGACGUCCUCAGCCGGUCGCUCGACGGCUCGGCGCUGAGUGCCAUUGUGCACGUGACCAUGGUCCCGGCGGCGACGUUGCCGCCCAUGGAGCGCUACCCGUGCGUCAUGAACGCAGCCAUUGUCCGCGGCCCCGCGCCGACGCCCAACGCUGUGCGGUCGCCGACGGCGAAGCGCAGUCGCCCACACGAAGCGACGCCGCCCGUGCCCAAGCACACUAAGUUAUGUUAAAGUUAUUCGAUAGACGUUUGUAAUAUAGUCCUCCUAGAAAUG